AUGAUUGCUGCAAUAUGGAAUGUUAGGGGCAUCAACAAGCCCCUAAAGAGGAGGAAGAUCCUCAGUUUUGCCAGACAGAACCAUGUCUCUUUUUUUGCUUUGCUGGAAACAAGAACCACCCCCACAAAGUUAGAUAAAAUAAUUAAAGGUAUCUUUCCUAGUGAGAAUGUUUUUGUGGACUUUAAUACCAUAAGGAAUGGUCGUAUUGUUUUGGUUUGGAAUUCCCACAAGGUGGACUGUACUAUUUUGGAUGUUUCUGCCCAGUGUAUUCACUGUGCCCUGAAAUGCAAGACUUCAAAUAAGAUUUUUCAGUGCUCCAUUGUGUAUGGCUUAUACUCGGUUGUGGAAAGAAGACAGUUGUGGAACAAGUUAAUGGAGCUAAACCCACAAUCAAAUGUUCCUUGGCUGGUUUGUGGAGAUUUUAAUGUUGUCAAGUGCCCAGAGGAAAAACAGGGUGGAGUAAUCCCGUCUAAUUACUUCACCAAAGAUUUUGUGGAUUGUUGCUCCUCUCUUGGUCUCUCGGAUGCCCCAUCUAUUGGAAAUUUCUUCACUUGGACAAAUGGCAGAGUGAAGGCCAAACUUGAUCGUGUGUUAUCAAAUGCCCUCUGGACUGGAAGCAGCUUUAAUUGUUGGGUUGAUUUCAAGGAUUUUGAUUGCAUGUCUGAUCAUUGCCCCAUCAUCAUUAAGAUGUUCAAUAGUCAGGAAUCAAUCAAUAGACCUUUCAAGUUCUUUAACAUGUGGUUAACUCACCCGAAGUUCAAGCAAAUUCUUCUGGACACUUGGACAAUGAAUAUUCAUGGCUCAAGGCAGUACACUUUUGUUCGCAAGCUUAAAGCCUUGAAAGCCCCCCUUAAAAUCCUUAACAAAGAGGAUUUUGGUCACAUCUCUGAAAAAGCUUUAGCUGCUAACUCUGCUUAUAAUGAUUUCCUGCACUCCGCUGAUUUUAAUGAGGAUUCUGAAGAUAAUAGAAUUGUUCUUCAAGGUUUAAGAUCUAAAGCCCUGUUUCUUGCUGAAGCUGAAAGGCAGUUUAUCUCCCAAAAGUUGAAGCUCAAACACUUGAUUGAUGCAGACAAGAGCACAAAAUAUUUUCAUGACUUGGUCAAGAAAUCAAACAAGGACAGAAGCAUUACGUGCAUCCUAGAUCAGCAUGGAAUCCCAACAACUUCUUUAACUCAAGUUGGUGCUCUCUUUAUAAGGGCCUACUUGGAAGCUCGAGUGAAAGGAGACCGUGUAAACAGCAUUUCCUUCAGAAUGGCCCCAAAAUUUCUGUGUCUCAGCAACAUUUUCUGA